AUGGGAAAUUCAGCAUCAACACCAGCAAAAAGAAUUGACACAUCAACUGUAUCAUGUUAUAACUUUCAAAGCACAAACGUUAGUGAAAGAUACCAAUAUAUUAUGCAAAUGAAUGAAGAAAGAGUUGAUCGUUUUCAAAUUCAACAUCACCUUUAUAGAGAAGUUUUAAAAAAUAAUUUUUCGGCGCCAAUAGAUGAUGUCCUAAAACAGGGUGCUUCUGUGUUGGAUCUUGGAUGCGGUCCAGGAAUGUGGGUCUGCGAAAUGGCAACAAAUUAUAGAUUAUCGUUGUUUCAUGGAAUAGACUAUCACAACAUUUUCCCCACCCAAAAACCUGUGAAUGCACAAUUCAUAAAAGCGAAUUUACUUGAAGGCCUGCCAUUUAAAGAUGCGUCUUUUGAUUAUGUGCAUCUACGGUCGAUGGUAUUUUGUUUCACGCCUGAUCAGUGGGAACAUAUAGUAAUUAACGAGGCUAUUCGAUUAUUACGACCGAAUGCAUAUAUUGAGCUUUCAGAAUUCGAUGUAAAAAUACUUAAUGGAGGUCCAUGUGUUACGCGAUUUUCAGAUGCUCUCAGAGAAAAACUCUUCGCAAACAAAAUGGAUCCAUCAAUCGCUCUCAAGUUAUCAGACAUCCUUCAACAAUAUAAAUCACUAAAAAAUGUUCGCCGUCAAGAAAUAAGGGUUAAUUUUGGAAGAUCGGGGGGCAAAUUAGGUGAAAUCCAGGCAGAGUUAAGCAUACGUUUACUACGCGAAGACGCAAAACUUUUUAGAGGGUUAUUCAAAAUGAACGCUCGAGAAUAUGAUGAAUUUGUAGAAAAUUACAUUCAAGAGCUUAAUACGCAUCCUGUUUAUAUGACAUGGUAUAAAUUUUGGGCUCAAAAGAAAAAUUGA